AUGCAUUACGGUCAAGUGGUCCUUGGCCCUCCUGGGUCUGGAAAAUCAACCUAUUGCUAUGCUCUACAGCAGUAUUUUGCAACGAUAGGAAGAGAAUGUAUCGUCGUGAAUUUAGAUCCUGCGAAUGAUAAUAUUUUAUAUAACUGCAAUAUCAAUAUUACGGAACUAAUUACUCUUGAAGAAGUGAUGGAAGAAUACAACUUAGGUCCGAAUGGAGGAUUAUUAUUUUGUAUGGAGUUCCUCUUAAAGAAUAUUCAGUGGUUGUUUGAUCGACUUCAUGAGUUUCCAUCAAGUUAUGUGAUUUUUGAUUUUGCUGGUCAAGUGGAGUUAUUUACUUCGAAUAACAACGUCAGCUCACUUAUCAAUCAGCUCGAGAAUCAAGGAUUUCGUUUAGUGGCAGUAAAUCUCGUUGAUUCUUUCUAUUGCUCCAAACCAGAGGUGUUCAUUUCAGCAAGUCUGACAUCGCUUAUUUCGAUGAUUAACAUGGAGCUCCCUGCGGUGAAUGUUCUCUCCAAAAUCGAUCUGAUCACCAAAUACGGUGACAUUGACUACGAUUUGGACUAUUACACGGAGCUCCCUGAUCUCUCUCUCAUGCUCUAUGGAGUGGACCGCGCUCUGCAAUCGCCCACAGAAGAAGCGGAGUCGGAAGGCAGCGACUCAGAGAAUUCAAGCAAAGCGAAUCGAGCAAACGAUUAUGGAAAAGAAUUAAAUGAACCAAAUGGAAACAAACCACACGAUAAUGAAGCAAACAACUCCGAUGCUUUUUCUCGCUCUUCUGAAGCCGAUUUCGAUGCCGAUUUCGAUGCAAGCGAUGCGAGCGAUGCGAGCGAUGUCUGCGAUGAAGAAGAGUUCGUGAGAAGGGCUCGGACGCCGUUCCAGCGAAAGUAUCGCAAGCUCUAUUGGAUGCUGUGCGAGAUUGUGAAUGAUUAUAGCUUACUGUCGUUUCUGCCACUUGAUAUCAAUGUAGGCUUGGAGAGGGUUGUGAUGAUGAUCGAAGAGUCCCACGAGUAUUCGAAAGAUCGUGGAAACAACGGAUAA